CGCUUUUAUCGACCGGCGGCGCCGCGACCCGACGCGGCAUUUCGCGCGUGAAAACCACGCUCCACAACUAUUGGCCAGAGUCUCUCGCUCUCUCUCUCUCUCUCUCUCUCCGUACUCGUAGUCGUCCUCUGUUCCCUCUUUGUUCUCAUCUGAGUGUUCACAAUUCUCUCUCGUCGGAGAUUUUUCCCUCUUCGACUGAAUCAUUUGCUAGGGUUUUGGUCGAUUAUCAGAGAGAACGAGAAGUAAUCUUCAGUUGUUAUUGGCCAUUUGUAUGCUCAUCGCAUCAACCAGAAAAUGAAGCUUAAGAAACGAUCUGUCAGCGAGAAAGACAUUUCCACUUUCCUUCCGAGGUACUCUCCGACGACGGUGCUGACGUUGUUACAAGAAGUGUCACAAGUUUCGGAAGCUAAGCCGAAGAUUGAUUGGAACGAGAUAGUUAAAAACACUUCGACCGGAAUUUCUAAUCCUCGGGAAUAUCAGAUGCUAUGGCGGCAUUUGGCUUAUCGUCAUGCGUUGCUUCAUAAUUUGGAAGACGAGACAGCACCUUUGGAAGAUGACAGUGACUUGGAGUGCGAAUUGGAGCCGUUUCCAUCGUUCAGCUGCGAAACUUCGACGGAGGCUGCGGCGUGUGCGAAGGUAUUUAUCGCUUCUGGUUCUUCAAGUCACUUGAGCCUUCCAAGCAGUAGCACAAUAGAGGCUCCAUUAACUAUUAACCUACCAAGAAGUUACAUGGCUGGGGUUCAGUUCGAAGAUGCAGACCCUGCUUGCUCUAUAAGAGGUGCGAGCAUCACAGUGCCUGUUUCUGUUCAGCGACAGCCGGUCCUUACCCCACCAUCUGCCGAAGGAUUGACCACAAAUGGAUCAACGUAUGGCAAUAAUGCAUCUCGAAGGAAAAGAAAACCUUGGUCCGAGGCAGAGGAUCUUGAGUUGAUGGCUGCAGUGAAGAAAUGCGGUGAAGGGAAUUGGGCAAACAUCUUACGUGGUGACUUCUUGAGCGAUCGAACUGCUUCACAGCUAUCUCAGAGAUGGGCAAUUAUUAAAAAGAGACACGGAAAUUUGAAUGUGGGAGCCAACACGGCUGGUACACAGCUAUCCGAGGUGCAGCUGGCAGCUCGUCAUGCAAUGUCUUUAGCUCUUGAUAGGCCAGUUGGUAGCUUGAAAGCAGCUCGAAUAAGUGGCUCAGCCAGUACAAAUACGAUAGGUAAUGGUAGCUCGCUUGCUCCCGUUGCCUCGUCUGAACAAGUGCAAGAUAAAUUACAUCAAAGCCCUACUCAUACAAAACCACAUCCAGUUGGAUCAUCAAGUCUAACAGCCAAAGCUCAAGUUACCGCAUCCAAGAAGAUGAUUCCUAAGUCUUCUUUUGAUUCAGACUGUAUUGUUAGAGCUGCUGCUGUUGCUGCUGGAGCUCGCAUUGCUUCACCGGCAGAUGCUGCAUCUUUACUCAAGGCUGCUCAGUCAAAGAAUGCCAUCCAUAUAAUGGCCAAAGUCCCUGCUUCAACCAAAACACCCACUCCUGCCCGGGGGCCAAACCAUUUAGAAGCUCAUCCUAGUAUUAAGACCACCACCCUUCCCAAUACUUCUGCAGUCAUGCCAUCUGUGACUCACGGCGGGGGCCCUGUGAAGAUCACGUCUUCAACAACUGCUACAUUAUCGAGUGUGCCAACGGACCAGAAUAUUUCUGUAGCCUCUGUCACAGCAGCUGCUAAUCCAUUGUCAGAAAAGGAAACCAAGACAACAGAAGAAACUAGAGGUCUUGGUUUAGGUGGUGUGCAGGCCACAGCCCAAAAGGAUUGUCGUUCCAGGCAAUCGAUAUCUGAGAGAGUUCAAGAAGAAAAGCCAGCUGACUUAGGACCACCUUUGAAAAGGCAAGCUACUGAGAGUAGUAAUUGCAGUAGCUCACAGAACACGUCAACAGCCGAUGUUGAUAUUAAAGUUGAAACUGGCAAUCAGGUAGAAGAGAGACAAAACAGUAAUACGAGUGUGAUUCCCGGUUCCUCGAAUCAGCAAGGAAUCGCAAAUCAGUCACAGGUUGAGAGAAUGAAACCGCAGGAUAUGGACAUCGACAAUGAUGGAAAGGAUAGGCCAAUCAUGAAAACAGAUGGACGUAGCGAAAAUUCAGUGCACAAGGAGGCUGCAAGUGAGAUUUCGAAGGGAAACACCAAGGAUACGAACUAAAUCUAUCCUACCCCAGAUGAAGAGAACAAUUCUCUUCAGUUGUCGUACACGUGUUCUCGGAGAUUUUCCUGUCAAGUUUAUCACCAAGCAUAGUGAAUUCAUCGUUUUCGCAACGAGCUGCGAUGGCCCCCCCUCUUUGCUAGAAGUGCUAGCUAUUCAUUUGAUAUAUCCUCUGCUUGCUUCAACUUGCAUCCUCCACUGUAAUCAUGGAGAAGCAGCAUCCAUUUGACCUGACUGUACCUGUAUUUAUUUUGAUUUGUUCUUCAAUUCUUGUUUCAAGUGUUUCUAACUACAAAAUUUUCUGCCUCAUGACUGAUACAUGUCAAGAUCUGAACUCGGGGUUCGCUGUUCUGUUCAUAUGCUAACACGGAAAACUUGGUAUCGUUUCUUUGA